AGCCGUAUGUUAGGUGCUCCUGCUCUUCUUAUAUGCGUGACAUAUAGGAAUAGACACAAGCGGCAAAGAUUCCGUUCAAAAAAUUGUAUCUGGUUAUUAUUUACAAAAAAGGAACAAGUAUGUUGUUCAGGUGUUUACUAAUCACCUUGAUUGCUGUUACCUUGAUUCCUAGUAUUCAAGCAACGCCUGUAUAUACACGAGGAAUUGAGGGACAAGCUUACAUUUGCCCGGAAGAUGGAGUCUAUCCCAAUUACCAUAACUGCACGACCUUCAUUACCUGCUCAAACGGUCUUCAAUAUGUGAUGUCUUGUCCGGAAGGGCUUAUCUGGAACGUCAACACGAACGAGUGUGACUGGCCGUAUAACACUGAAUGUGUCAGUUACCCACGUGAAUUCAACGACGGUCCAUAGACUUAUGGAUUCUAUUCAUAAUCAGCUUCCACUUCUAUAAGUUGCGAUUUGUUUCACUGGGUUUAACACAUAGGUUUCUAGUCUUAGAAAAUGGCUUCAUAUUUUUAUUUGUCAGCCAAAUGAAUAUAUUAAUCUACUACUCA